UUUGCUCAGUUUUUUUCGAAUAUCAAAAGCAAGAUGUUAGUCAUGUGGGACUGAUAAAUUUAAAAGAAAAACAAUUUGCAACAAUUAAGAAAAAAAAUGAUAAAAAAAUAUUUAUUAGUGGCUUUAAUGUCAUUGAUUGUGAUAAUUAAUGGAAGCUAUCAAGAGUCUAAUGAUUAUCAUGUUAAUAAAUCAAUAAAUUUUUAUUCUUUAAUUGCAAGUGCUUUGGAUGUUAUGGAGAGAUUUAAAACUGCUGGAAUGAAUUAUCAUUUAUCACAAGUUACUUCUUUGAUUGAUGAAACACCAGAUGACACUGGACUACAAUCAAGAAGUUAUUACGGUACAAAUACUAGUCCUGCUUUUUAUCCAGCAUUUGAUCCAAUAAGUAUACUUGCAUCAUUAGCAUUUUUGGCAUUUCUUUUACAAUCGUUUGUAUCACUUUUUGAUAGAUCAAGAUCAAUCAUACCAACAAUAAUAAAUCAUCGUUCUCAUCAUAAUUCUAUUGAAAAUAUUUCUGAACCAUUAAAAUUUGUAUUAAAUGCACUUGAUGAAUAUGUAAGUUAA